AGUUGGCUUUUUUUAUAACAGUAUUUUAGUGUGAAUCUGCAAUUAGAACUAAUUUCAUCGCAGACCAGUUGAAAUUUACAAACUUCAUAAGGAUUUAAAUUGAAAAAUCAAUAAAAACAAAAUGUUUAGCACAUGCAAUCACCAUUACAACAAACGGCUAUCUCACUUUUGCCAAAAACACGACGAGGUCAUUUGUGCCAAAUGUAUUCCGGAAUCACACGAAGAAUGUCAAAAUGUACAGCUCAUUGAAAAAGCUGCCGACACAGCUAAAUUUGGGUACGCUUUGAGUUCUUUGGAAUCGCGAAUUCAGAACUUGAAACUCAUCGUUACAGAUAUGCUGAGAGUAAAUGCAGAUAAUUUCUCAACUUUAAAUGAUCAAAAACAAACAAUUAAGAAAAAGAUCAAGCAAAUUCGAAGUGGCAUAAACGCGUAUCUUGAGAAGUUGGAGAACGAACUCGGGAAUGACCUUAUGGAAAAGUAUAAAGUUUGUGUUAAAGAAAUUGACAAGGAAAGACAACUUUAUCUACAGCAAAAAGAAAAUUUGGAUGAUUGGACUCGUGAAAUAAAAGCAAUGAAAAAUCACGCUUCUAGUGUUCAUCUAUUUUCUAUGGCGAAGCUAUUGCACCCAAGACAAAAAGCCAAUGAAGAUUCUGUACAAAAGCGCCUAGCAGAUUCCAAAACUUCAAACAUUGAAUUUGAGCAGUCCAGAAUACUACUAGACUUUAAAAGACUCGUCAUGUCGUAUGGAAAGAUAUCUAUCAGAGAGUCACCGGCAUUGAUGUCUUCUGCCCAUAGAAAAGCUUUUAUUAUUCCAUCAUUAUUAUCCAGAAAUGAUAAACCACCGUCUCCAGUAGUUAGCAAAUUUGAAACUUCAGUAUUCGGAAACAAUGUUGAUGUUGUAAGAGGCUGUUUCUUGCCAGAUGACAGACUUUUUAUACCAGACAGUAAAAGCAAAAUUAUAUACGUCUGUAAAACGAACGGAGCAAAUAUAAAAAAAAUCAGAUUAAGACACGUUCCAAAAGACGCUUGUGUCUUGGACAGAUCCCACGCGUUAGUAACAUGUGGUGAUAGCGGCAUCAUGAUGGUAGAUUUACGAACUCUAUCCCCGGGAACAAUGAUUAUCCCUGGUGGACAUUGUUCUGCUAUAAGUUGUAAUAAGGACAAAAUAUUUGUAGUGAACGAUGAAUGCAAAGUAAGUGUCGUUGAUUUAAAAGGAAAAGUACUGAAACAAAUUACUACGCGAUACGACCCAUACAUGAUAACAAGCAAUAAGACUGGUGUUAUAUUCUGGACCAAUUACAACAAUAACAAUGUCAACAGUAUUCUACCAAAUGGAACUAGCCAAAGUGUGUAUUCUGGUUCUGAUUUGCGCGAAAGCACUGGAAUCGCAACAGAUAACCGUGGAAAUGUAUACGUCGCAGGUUGUGAUUCGUCCAAUAUCAUCAGUGUUUCAAGAACAGAUAAAUCAAGCAAAACUAUGUAUGCUAAACGGGAUGGGAUUAGUAGUCCUUUAGGUAUUGCUUUGAGCACAGACAAAUCGAAACUGAUGGUUAUAAACAAUAAACAGAUCCGAGUUUAUAGAACGCAUUCAAUCUAA